AUGGAAUCGGUUUUAAAAGAAGGCCGUGCUGUAGUUCCUGCAUCACUUCAGGAAAAAGCAUUGAGUGUAGCUCACGAAGGACAUCCGCUAGCUGCAAAACUGAAGACUAUUCUGCGAAAAAGUGUAUGGUGGCCAGGUAUGGCAAGAGAUGCCGAGAAGUGGGUUAAGACCUGCCAAUCAUGCGCAGUAAAUGGACGUCCAGAAAAACCCACUUCAAUGAUGCGCACCGUAAUCCCAAAGACUGCUUGGGAAACCAUUGCGCUUGACUUCAAUGGGCCGUAUGCUAAGUUUGGUGGCAUUUACAUCUUGGUGUUAGUUGAUUAUCGUUCUCGAUAUCUCAUAGCCCGUCCAGUGAAAUCUACCAGCUUCGAACAAACCAAAAGAGUGCUCGACGAUAUCUUUGAAAGAGAGGGAUUCCCGGAAAGUAUAAAAAGCGACAACGGGCCUCCAUUCAAUGGUGCUGAUUACAGCCAAUUCUGCCAUGAAAGAGGUAUUAAAACAAUAUUUUCAACACCGCACUUCCCACAACAAAACGGCAUGGUUGAGAAUUAUAUGAAGAUAAUUAAUAAAUCGAUGGCUAUAGCGGCCUCUGCCGGAUCGAAUUAUAAUGACGAAUUACAAGCGGCUAUUCAAGCGCAUAAUGCAGCAUGCCAUACUGUGACGAAAGUUCCGCCCGAAGAAAUAAUGAGUGGAAGAAAGAUCAAACGGAGACUGCCACUAUUGAACCGAGAAUUGCCUGAUUAUGACAACAGUGGAGUCAAUGAAAGAGAUAAAGAAAUGAAGCUUAAAUCUAAACAUCGAGAGGAUGCUCGCCGAGUGGCGCGCAAAUGCCAGCUGAAUCCAGGAGAUACGGUAAUAGUAGAACGACAGUCACGUGCAAAAGGGGAUUCACGAUUUGGUAGACAACGCUACACGGUCAUGGAACAAAGAAAUGGGAAUCUGGUACUUGGGGACGACGAAGGACAUACUAUUAAACGUCAUGUCUCUCAAACAAAAAAAGUUUUCGAUUGGCGUAAUCAAUCAGAUACUAGCGAUACUCUACAGCAGACUCACAAGGAUGGGAAUCUGGUCCUACGGGCGGCAAGAAACAGGAAAGCUCCAAGCCAUCUGCAGGACUUCGUUUGUGUGACAGACGACAAUUAA